CGCAGCCCCGGCCCCGCGGGGGUCCCGCCCCGCUUCUCGCCCGGUACCGGAGCCGCGGCCCCGUGGGGCGUCCCGGCCAUGCCGGGGUCCCGCUGCCCGCGCCCGGCGCUGCCGAUCCUGCGCUGGCUCCCGCGCUACUCCCGGGCGUGGCUGCCGCUGGACCUGCUGGCGGGGCUGGCCGUGGGACUGACCACCGUGCCCCAGGCGCUGGCCUACGCCGAGCUGGCCGGGCUGCCGCUGCAGUGUCCCUUCUGUCCCCUGCAGUACGGCCUCUAUUCCUCCUUCAUGGGCUGCUUCGUCUACUGCUUCCUGGGCACGGCCAAGGACGUGACGCUGGGUCCCACGGCCAUCAUGUCCCUGCUCGUCUCCUCAUACGCCUUCCACGAGCCCGUCUAUGCCGUUCUCCUCACCUUCCUCUCUGGCUGCAUUCAGCUGGCCAUGGGGCUCCUGCACCUCGGAUUCCUUCUGGAUUUCAUUUCCUGCCCUGUCAUUAAAGGGUUUACAUCAGCUGCUUCCAUCACCAUUAGCUUCAACCAGAUCAAGAACAUCCUGGGGCUGCAGGGGAUCCCGAGGCAGUUUUUCCUGCAGGUCUAUGAGACGCUGCGGAGGAUCCGGGAGACCAGGGCUGGGGACGCUGUGCUGGGGCUGACCUGCCUGGCUGUGCUGACAGGGCUCCGGGCCAUGAAGAGCCACCUGCCCCAAGCUGCCCCUGCAGAACCACUGGCUGUCAGGAUCAGCUACCUGAUUGUUUGGAUCUCUGCCACAGCACGCAAUGCUCUUGUUGUCCUGUUUGCUGGCCUGGUUGCUUACUCCUUCCAGGUGAUGGGCUCCCAGCCCUUCAGGCUCACGGGCAGCAUCCCCCAGGGCCUCCCAGCGUUCCGGCCACCGCACUUCUCCCUGGCAGUGCCCAAUGGCACCGUCCCUUUCCAGAGCAUGGUGGAGGACAUGGGGGUCGGGCUGGCCGUGGUGCCGCUCAUGGGCCUGCUGGAGACCAUCGCCAUCGCCAAGGCUUUUGCCUCGCAGAGUGGUUACAGGAUUGACCCCAACCAGGAGCUGCUGGCUCUGGGCGUCGCCAAUGUCCUGGGCUCCUUCGUCUCCUCGUAUCCCAUCACGGGCAGCUUUGGCCGGACGGCAGUGAAUGCUCAGUCAGGGGUCUGCACCCCCGCGGGAGGGCUCGUCACAGGUGCCCUGGUCCUGCUGUCCCUGGCGUACCUCACCUCGCUCUUCUACUACAUCCCCAAAGCGGCGCUGGCCGCCGUCAUCAUCUCGGCCGUGGUGCCCAUGUUCGACGCCGGCAUCUUCCGGACGCUCUGGCGGGUUAAGAGGCUGGACCUUGUGCCCCUCUGUGUGACAUUCCUGCUCUGCUUCUGGGAGGUUCAGUAUGGAAUCGUGGCCGGGGUGCUCGUUUCUGGGAUUCUCCUGCUCUACUCCAUUGCCAGGCCCCCAAUAAAGGUGUCGGAGGGGGCUGUGCUGCUGGUGCAGCUGGGGAGCAGCCUGCACUUCCCAGCCGUGGAGCACCUGCGGGACUCCGUGUGCAGCCGAGCUCUGGCAGCAUCUCCACCACGCUCCGUCAUCCUGGACUGUUGCCACGUCAGCAGCAUUGAUUACACGGUGGUGGUGGGGCUGUCAGAGCUGCUGCAGGAGCUGCGCAGGCACGGCCUCUCGCUGGCCUUCUGUGGCCUGAAGGUGUGUGGGACCUCGGCCACCCCACCCCAGGCCCAGGGAGGGUGUGUGCUGAGGGGCUCAGCCCAGCUGCCUUCCCCCGUGGCCUGUGCUGGCCUCUCCUCUGGUGGCACUGUCAUCAUGUCAAGCACCCUCAUCUCGCAGAGCUGGAGGCUGCGGAUGCAGGGCGCUGGGAAGGGCUGGGUGCUCUGUGCUGGGAUGGCUGGGGGAUCUGCCCCAGAGGGAUGGGAAGUGGCAAGCACUCCCCCAGCCCAGGUUUCUCUGCCCUCAGGACCCUGUUCUCCAGGUCCUCCUGUCUGCAGACUUAGAAGGAUUCCGGCAUUUCCCCAGCUGGGAGGAGGCAGAGCGGUGCGAGGGAGCGGAGCUGGGGGGCAGCGGGGCAGAGCCCUUCACCAGCACUGCCGAGAGCACGGGGCUCAUCCAGUGAGAUGAGUUUGGGCUGAACGGCCUGUGACACCCCAGGGACAUCAACACACUGCAGGGGAGCCGCCUGCCCCAGCCAGGCCUCCUGGGCAGUGGGGGUGGACUGUCCCCCUGUCCCACACCGAGAUGGACAGAGCAGCGCCAGCCCAACCCCACACGGGCUGUGGGACAAAACUGUUCCCUGUCACAGGGAUCAGUGCAAAGCCAUCCUUCCUUUAGGGAGCUGAUGUAAUUUUUUUAAGCAUUUUAAUUCUGGACCUUUUUCAUGUUCUGGGCCACCCCAGUGGGGACACAGGGUGUGCUCUCCUCAAAGCUGUUUCAGGGCUGCUGGCGCUGCCCUCCAAGUGGACAUGGGGGCUCAGCCUCCAGCUGCUGGGAGAGGGAAAACGUCUGGGAUUGUGCUCCUUACUGAUUUUUAUCCCUACUUACCCUUUUUAUCCUUACCUUGUUUGUGGGGUGUUGUGCUCCACGCUGCCCUGGGUCAGGGCUGUGCUGGCACCCUGGGGUGCAGCCCCUGGCCUGGGCCCUGCCGAGGGGACGGGCACGGUGACACCAGGCUGUGCCCGUCUGUGCAACGGGGACAGCACCUGCUUGCGGCUGGGUCGGGAAUUCAGUUUCCCUGAACAGCCCUUGGCCGACAGCCGGCACUGAGGGUAAUAAAUCAGAAAUUGCUAAUGA